AUACGUGGCCGCAUAAUGGCCGCUCCUUCCUGUCGAGAUUCUCCAUCAUCACUUCCAAGUUUCCAACUGCUCCAAAUCCCACAAUCUGUAUCCCCCAAACUCGUAGCCAUGGAUACGCUCCUCUCUAGUUCAACAGCUUUCUUGAGCCCAACACUUCGUCCUGUUUGUGCAGUUACAGAUUCCAAUAGAUCACACACCAUUCCCGCCGUUUCCUCAUUACCGUGGUCGACGAAGCUCCUCUUUACUUCUCAUUCUAAAAGAAACCUGAAGCUGCGUUCUCGAGGUUACUCUGCAGCUCAUAAAUCCGCGAUAACGUGUGGGAUUACGGAGAUCACUCAAAGCCAGUUCGCCAGAACCGUCUUGGAGUCUGAACGCCCGGUUCUAGUUGAGUUCGUGGCCACUUGGUGCGGGCCUUGCCGGUUAAUUGCUCCUGCUAUUGAAUGGGUCGCUCAGGAAUAUGGAGACAGAUUAACGGUUGUUAAGAUUGAUCAUGAUGCAAAUCCGCAACUAAUUGAAGAAUACAAAGUCUAUGGAUUACCAGCCUUGAUUCUUUUCAAGAAUGGACAAGAAGUUCCUGAAAGCAGGAGGGAAGGUGCAAUAACCAAGGUGAAGCUUAAAGAGUACCUUGAUGGUCUCCUGGGAUCAAAAUCAGUGGCGUAGUCUUCUUAUGUACUCCGGAAACACGGAUUUUCCUUCCAAAUUCUGACCUUUGUGUUAAAAAUGUGAGAUAUGGACGGAGUUACAAAUUUCGCUGUAUAGCUAUACACUCUGUAUAUGUCAUUCAACUAUGGAUUUGAGCUAUAAAAUCUCAAUAACUUGUUCCUAGACCAA